AAGUGUGUUUGAAUUAUCCUGCCAGUAAAACACUAACCAGAGAGAGCUGAACGUACAGCAUGUCAGAUGUAAAUGACAUCUGCUCUGAAUAUGUUCAUCUGAAUCCUCAUUUGUGUGGAUGAUCCUGAGGGAUCUUCAUUUGCCAUGAGACUCAAACAGUGACGGUCAGUGUAAACUUCAAACACGUCACACGACCUCCAGUGCAGAAGCUGCCAUGAUGCCAUUGUGUGCUGAAUGGUGCUUGAAAUAUAAACUAAAAAAUGAUUUUUCUGUGUUGUAAAUAAAAAGAUUAUUGAAGUACAUUUUACAAUUAAAUACUAGCAGUUUCUGAGUGAAAAUUGUUUCAAAGUAAAUCCUACACCAAAUGCUUUUCGCUGAAUAGCCUACUAGUGAAAUAUAUAGCAAAACAUUUGCAUAACCAAGAAAAAAUGUUUUUAAAAUGUUUAAAGUGGUGGUUGAUUAUGAUUUCACUUUUUUAACUUUAGUUAGUGUGUAAUGUUGCAGUUUGAGCAUAAACAACAUCUGCAAAGUUACAACGCUCAAAGUUCAAUGCAAAGAGAGAUAUUUUCUUUUACAGAAAUCACUGUUUAAGGACUACAACAAACGGCUGGUAGGGACUACAACAAGCUUCUUCUUGGGUUAGUGACAUCACUAACCAUAAAAUUUACAUAAACCCCGCCCCCGAGAACACGCAACAAAGGGGGCUGCUUUAGAGAAGAGGAAGAGUUGUUGUAGUAGAGUGUUGUUUUCAUGCCGUCAUUUUACACCGGACUGCUUCACAAACGAGGGUCAAUUCAACACAAAAGAUUAACAUGACGACACAUGCUAGUGGAUGAGUUGAAUCAAUCCACAGCAACUACAUAAAUUUAUCCACUAACCAUUCAGAAACGUCUUAAAGUUGUAACUUCUUCCUGAGUCUCUCCAUCAGUGUCGACUCCGGUUUGAACAAUGUAAGGCUGAACACCGUUACUGACAAUCCUCAUUUUGGCUGCGUGAGAUUCUCCAGCUUUGUUGUUGUUGAGCGACCGAAGUGUGAGCUGUUAAAGCUCUGCCCUCUUCUGGAAAGGGAGCAGGGGCAGCAGCUCAUUUGCAUUUAAAGGGACACACACAAAAACGGCAUGUUUUUGCUCACACCUAAAUAGGGGCAAAUUUGACAAGCUAUAAUAAAUGAUCUGUGGGGGAUUUUGAGCUGAAACUUCACAGACACAUUCUGAGAGACUUAUAUUACAUCUUGUGAAAGGAGCAUCACAGAGCAGUGCAAGACGAGCAUUUGUGGUUAAAAAGUAUGUGAAUUUUUUUUUUUUUUUUUUAGAAAAUGGCCGAUGGUUUCUCUAGAUAAGACUCUUAUUCCUCGUCUGGGAUCAUGUAGAGCUCUUUGAAGCUGCACUGAACCCCAGUGAAGUCCACUAUAUGGAGAAAAAUCCUGGAAUGUUUUCCUCAAAAACCUUCAUUUCUUUUUCGACUAAAGAAAGAAAGACAUAAACAUCUUGGAUGACAUGGGGGGCUACACAUAUUUACAACACAGACUGUGCCCAGUAAAUAUAAUAAGCUGGAUUUAACUGCUACUCCAUAUGCUGCUGCAAAUGACACUGAAAUCAGCGGCCCAGAUUAAAGAACGCGCGUUUACCUGCAUAAAACGGACAUGCUGAUUCCUGUCGAGCAUCUGAGACGCUGCAAAGAUCUGAAAGCUGGAGUAACAAACGCUGCUUUAAAACAAGAGGAUGAAUGAUACACACGAGGAGAGGCGGGAGAGAGAAUGCAGCGUUUCCUAAGGAAACUCCUCCUCGUGUAAGAAAGACAGACGGAGGCGCUCGGAGUCGCUGAAGGUGCUCGAGGACGCAGCGGUGUCGUGAUGUUUGCUGUGUUUCUGCUGCUGCUUCUGCCCCACGUGGCGUCUGUCCCCUCCCCCUCCAGGCCGACGCCCAAAUACUGCCGCCGGUGCUGCGAUCACUUAGACCCGCCCCUCAACCCCGCCUCCUAUCCUGCAGCCAAUCAGACGCCGGAGAUCCGCACCAUCAUUAACAUGACCAUUCUUAAAGGUGACAAAGGAGAUCGUGGUGACCGAGGGACGCCUGGUAAAGCCGGACUGGACGGACCCCCAGGAUUCAGAGGUGCGACGGGGCCCAAAGGCAGUAAAGGAGACACGGGGGCCCCCGGAGACCCCUGCAAAAUCCAGCAGUCAUCCUUCUCCGUGGGCCGACGCAAAGCUCUGCACAGCGCUGAUUACUACCAGGCCUUGAUCUUCGACACCGUCUUCGUGAACCUGGGCGAACACUUCAACAUGUUCAAAGGGAAGUUCUACUGCUUCGUCCCGGGAGUCUAUUUCUUUAACGUCAACAUUCACACCUGGAACUUCAAGGAGACGUACCUGCAUCUGAUGCACAACGACCGGCAGCAGGUGAUCCUGUACGCGCAGCCCAGCGACCGGUCCAUCAUGCAGAGCCAGAGCGUCAUGCUGCCGCUGGAGCUCAACGACGAGGUGUGGGUGCGACUUUACAAGCGCGAGCGGGACAACGCCAUUUACAGCGACGACGUGGACGUCUACAUCACCUUCAACGGACACCUGGUGGCUCCUAAAGUCUAGGUGGAGGAAUCGCAGUCGGUGAAGAUCUGAGAAGUGUGAGUAGAGGAACGUGAACCUUUAGCUUUUCAAUUGAGCACUCUGCUGUUUUCUCUCAUCUCAUUUUGGAGAAAUUUUGAUAAGCGCAACAACACUUGCCUUGAAAGACAUAAAGACUUUUAACAGUGUUUGAUUUGAGCUGCUGAGCAGCCUGUUGAUUAAUAAUGAGCAGGACUUUAACUCUCAAUCCCUCACACGUCUUUCCCUCCAUAAGCGCAGCUAAAGUCGCUCUCAGAUGAGCUGUGAUUCCAGAAAAUGGGACUGUAUUUCAGAGUAAAUCCAAUAAAUGCAGUUUCAUUCUUUUCCCUCAUAUUCCCUGUGAUCAGUGAGUCAGGACAUUAUCAGCAUGAAUUUGACCACCUCGAUAUUCUACAGAUUAGGACACCGAUGACUCAGUUACAUGUGACAUGAUUCACAUAUUAAAAAGGUCCUAUUAUGCUUUUUUCCAUGCUCAUCUAGUGUGUAAUGUUGCUGUUUGAGCAUGAAAAAGCUCUGUAAAGUUCCAGUUCUUCUCUAUAUCAGUGUCAGUGUUUCUGAACUCUCUGAAACGCCUCCAUUUUGAGUUUUCUUCACAAUAUCCCUCAUUUAAAUAAUUCAUACGCAGAAUAAAGGGGCGGGGCCUGGUUGAGUUAGUUAGUAGUGUGUUGAAACUGGUGGUUAUGGUAAGGGGCGGGACAUUUCUCAAACGCCAAUCACAACACACUGCUCCAGCCGACCAAUCAGAGCACAUUGUGCUUUUCAGAAGGAGGGGCUUCAUAGAGACAGGAACUAAACAGAGCGUUACUGACAGACUGAGAGAGGAGCUGAACAAUGGAGAAUAUGAGGAAAAUAAUCAACAUUCAAGCAGGAAAACCUGUUCUAGUAGAGCCCAAAAACAUGCUGUGCCACAUGACCAAAAGUUGAGAAGGCAUCUGCUGUCAAGAAAAUAAUUGAAUUGUAUUUCCAUUUGAUUUCAGACUGAUCCAUCUCUUUAUACUCCCCCCUAUCCCUAAACUCAAAACACAUCUUAUCAUGUCAGUCCAGCUCUGUCAGUGUAAACUGCAGCUGUAGACACUCUGAAACACUAUUGAUCGAUGUUCUUCUGCUGUCAUUCAUUGUGUUCAUUGCGUUUCUUCACUGAAGCUGAACCAAAGUCAUGAAAUAUGGGACAAAUCAAGAGACAGUUCCAGUAAGUGAAUAUAGUCCUCACUGGUUCUGUGGUGCGUUCAAUCAUUCCAACCUCCCUGAACAGUGUACUUCCUACUGAACUAGGGAGUGUGUUUCAGUGUUUCUGUCUAGUUCACACAGAUUAUUAAAUAUAAAAACAAACAUUUAAUCAUCAUUUUCUUAACACCAUGUGGUUUCUUUCUACUGUGGAACAAAAGGCAUUCUUAGGAUAAUGAUAAUAAAAUAAGUAAUAACAUGUAUAAAAACCACGUUUAUAGUAAGUCAGUCAUGGGAUAUGCCACUGAUUGAUGUUUUUAUUUUAACCCACUGCCAUUCAACACUGGUUUCUAAAAGACAUUAGGUGCGUCCCAAUUCGCAUAAUUAUGCACUAUUUUUGAUGUUUUGUAGUAUAAAUAGUGUAGUGCAUGUGUUCACACUGAAAAUUCCAAAUAGAAAAAGUUCACUUUAAUUAACCGAAAAAAAUCAUGCACUCGACUGUCGCAGCUUUAAUUACGUACCGGAGGGACUUCAGACUCUGAUGAUGAAUGACAAAAUAACCUUAGAAAACUUGAGUGCAUAAUUACAUAGUGUAUAGUGUGCGUCAUUUGGGACUCAACUAUUGUGUUUGGCAGCUGCUCUGAGAUCAGCGUUGUGAUUACCUGUGUGAAUCUGAUCUCAGAAGCCACAAACAAUUUGACAAUAUCCAGCUUUUACAAAUUUCCCUGUGAAGGACAGAUUCUGUUUCAGUUUCUGGGAAAUAUGACAAAACUGACAUUUUGUAUUUUGUUUUCCAUGUUCAUUAGGUGCUUUAAAGGGAUAGUUCACCCAAAAAUGAAAAUUUUGUCAUCAUUUACUCACCCUCAAGAUCUCGCCCCCCAUUGACUACCAUAGUAGGAAAAAAAAAACACUAUGACAAUCAAUGGGGGGCAAGAUCUGCUUGGUUACAAACAUUCUUCCAAAUAUCUUAAUUUGUGUUCAGCAGAACAAAGAAAUUUAUACAGGUUUAGUACUUGAGGGUGAGUAAAUGAUGACAGAAUUUUCAUUUUUGGGUGAACUAUCCCUUUAAAUGACCUUUUCAAGGUUUCUGUGAUGUUUCAUUAACUGGUGCUUCAGUCUCAACAUGAGCAGGUGCUAAACUCAACGUUUACACAGACAUGUGCACUUUCUGCAGGGGAAAACAACUAUUGCUAUAAUCUGAUGUGUAUGUUUAUAAUGUUUCUAUUAAAUUCAGCAACAAAAUA